AUGGCAUCUCAGGCGCCGUUGCUCCAGCUUUCGAGCUCUCCAAUGUCAGUUGCAGCAAUAGAAGCAGCGGCAGCGGCAGCAACCAUGCGGCUCCACCCGCGUACGAGUACCCCGAAGGUAUCAACCGUGCUCCGGGACUUCCUCGCCCAGGCGAAAUGCAUCUGCUGCACGGUCCGCGUCGUCUCUCUGACCACCUCCCGCGCCGUGGUAGAGUGGGGCUCCGUGCCUUACUUCACGGCGCGCGGCCGCCGAGCCGACUUCGUCUACUACACCGCCGAGCGCGUCGCUGACGUCCGCCCGGAGGUGCUCCGUACUUACAAGGGCAAAGACGAGCCGGCGGAGUGGGUUAAGGACCGCCUGCGCGACAGCUGGCUUGUCGAGCAGCUGGCCUACUGGGUCGAGUAUCUCGAGGAGUGGAAGUCUUACCGUGAAUGGUAUGUCUACCGCCCCGAGCUUUUUGGGGGAAAGAUGCCGGAUGUGUUUAGCCCUGGCUGUAAGGGGUGCGUCAAGACGCAUCGGCCUGACGGGAUGCGCCGACGGGCUUCAUCUUGUUCUUAG